AGGGAAAAGACUUUGUUGAUGCCAUUGAGUACUUAAAUGACCCAGGGAACAAAGAGAAACUUCAACGCCUGCUGAGUGAUGAAUCCUGGGAGAGAUUUGUGGCUGCAGCCAAGUUGUCCAGGGAUGCGGCAGAUGCACUCUAUGCAGACUUGCGCCAGCUGGAAAUACUCCUGGCCGUGGAAGACGAAGACAUGCCCUCAGCAGAGCAGGAGCAUAGGGAGAGGUUUAUGAAGCAGUUUCCUCAGGUGAAACAGGACCUUGAGGAACGCAUAGGAAAGCUCUACGCACUUGCUGAUGGGGUUGACAAGGUGCACAGGGACUGCACCAUCACCCAAGUGGCGGCUUCUUCCACCGGCGCUGUGUCUGGCAUCCUGACCGUCGUUGGCCUGUCUCUAGCACCGGUGACAGCAGGGGUUAGUCUGGUGCUUUUGGCAACUGGGUUGGGACUGGGGGCAGCAGCUGCUGUGACCAGUGCGACCACUGGCAUCGUGGAGUUCUCAAAGAACGCAUCAGCUAAAGCAGAAGCCAGCCGCCUAUUGUCAACCGGCAUUGACACAGAGAAGGUGGUCAAGGAGUUUCUAAGUGGCAUCAUACCCAAAAUGGUUUCCUCAGGUAAUAAGGUCAUCCAAUCCCUGAAAGACAUUGUGAAGAAUGCCGGUGCCUUCAAUCUGGUCAAAUCCAAUCCUCUCUUAGCAGCGGAGGCCACGAGCAUCAUGCGCACGGGGGUAAUGUCAGUCCAAGGUGGCAACCAGCUGCAGAAAGCUAUUGGAGGCACUGUUGUGGCCAUAAGCAAAGGAGCCAGGGUCUUUGGUAUCGCCGCUGCAGGUGUUUUCCUUCUCAUGGAUGUAAUCCAGCUGGUGAAGGAGUCAAUGCACUUACAUAAGGGCACAAAGGCUCAGUCAGCUAAAGAGUUGAGGCAGCAG